AUGUUUGGUAAAAUCCAAAAGUGUCUCCCCGAGACCAACCACACGCCGGCGAAAACCACCCCUCGCGCGACCAAAAUAACCGUAAAGAACAUCAAAAUCGCCACACACAAGUACAAAAUAAUCUUCUUGAACCAAAUCGGCGCCAACGGAAACAAGCACGCCAGCAUGACCAAAAUAGCCACCGCCCAAGAGGCGAUCAAAAACGUCCAACUCAUCGGCUGGUCGUACGUCCACGCGUAA